AUUAAGUGAAAUUCGAAAAAUUUAGUGUUUAGUUUUUCUGUUAAACAUUUUAUGUCUUUUUAUCUUCUUUUUUUGACACUAUGUGGCGCUACAAUACUGUUAAAAUAUUUGUUUCCAUCCAAGUAUCAGAAUAGGCCUUCACACAGUAAUGAGAGUUGGUAGUUGCUAUGACUUGGUGUAGUCAUUGUUAUGAUUAUAAACCUGCUCUAUAAACGUAUUUAUUAUGUCAUUUUAUCUUGAGUACCUAAAUAUAUUGAGUAUAUGUAACUUCUAAUAUUGGUUAUAAGUUGUAAAUAAUCAUUUGUGAAGAAAAAAAACGUGCACUAAUAUCUGUUCAAGAUGAAAUGGAUGCUUAUACUUUUCCUAGCAAGUAGUUUUUCCCUCAUCAUUGGUGGAAGACCACCUGUCAUUAAACCAUUUCAGUUUUCUGGAGAUUUGCGCCAAGGUCUGAGAAUUGCUGUCACGUGUACCAUUAUUGAAGGCGAGCCUCCUUUCCAAUUCCUGUGGUACAAAGAUAGCCAAAUUCUUCAAAACAAUGAGAAGAUUUCGAUCAAAAUUUUCGAUGAAUUCACUUCGAUUCUGUCUCUUAAACAUUUAGAUUCCGCAAGUAACGGCAAUUACACAUGUCGAGUUCAAAACGCUGCUGGUUCAGACCAAAAGUCUGAUUCCCUCAAAAUGAACGGUAAGACAAAAAGUUACUUUUUUAUGCAUAUAUUAACAGCCAGUCUCAAAAGUUAGUAUGCAAUUUCAUGGUAUUUCCAUGAAAAUA